CUGUCAGCUGCAUUCUUGCUAACUAGGUGAUGAACCAUAUGCAGUUGAAGGAAAAACAUGCUCUUCCCCCUGGGCUGAAGAGGAUGACAUGCAAGAAAUGUGAGGAGUGGCCAUCCAGACUCACGGAUACAGUGUAUGACCAAAUACAUAAGUGGCUAGGACUAAUAUUCCAGCUGAUAAGGUUUUACUGGGAUUUUUCCUCUGGACUCUGUCAGCUGUUAGUCUGUAGAUGGAGGGAAGACAUUGAUGAAAAAAAUGAGCCUUUUAACAUGGCCACAUUGAGGCAAGUUGUUAAGAUGAAUGUUUGUAGACUACGCUUAACAGUGCCACCUGAUGAAGGCUCACAGCCUGAACAGGGAGCAAAGGAACCCGAAAGAAAGAAAAACGAGCUCUACCAUGUACCAAAUGGCAUGUCUCCAGGGACGCUUUCUCAUGGAAUGGUGUAUGGUGUCGUGCACCGGACUGACAACAACCAUAAGAGAGAAAUGGUGGUUUAUGGCUGGUCAGCUGACCAGCUGAAAGAAGAGAUGAAUUACAUUAAAGAAGUGAGAGCAACUCUGGAAAAAGUAAGAAAGAAAAUGUAUGGGGAAUAUGAUGAAAUGAAACGAAAAAUACAACAGCUUACGAAUGAACUGAAAGUGACAAAUGCUCAUCAGGAAUCCUUAGAGAAUCAUGUGCGAGUGCAGGCUGCAGCCUUAGAUAGCUUUAGUGAAAUGAACAGCUCCUUGACAUCAGCAUCAAUAGACUUGCAGAAAACUCUAGUGGAUGUUACUUUGGAGAACACUGAUAUAAGGGAACAAAUAAGGAAUCUAAAACACACACAUGAGCAAUCUAUGGAAAAGCUGAGAGAGAAGCAAAAACAACUGGAAACAGCACAAAUUGAAAAUCAGUUACUGAAAUUAAAGGUGGAAUCAUCACAAGAAGCCAAUGCUGAAGUCAUGAGAGAGAUGACAAGGAAACUGUAUAGUCAGUAUGAGGAAAAAAUGAGAGAAGAGGAACAGAAACAUAAAGCCGAGAAAGAAAUCCUCCUAGAGGAAACAAAUCGGCUUCUGAAAGCUAUUGAAGAGGCAAAUAAAAAGAUGCAAAUUACAGAAACAAGUAUACAGGAGAAAGAUCAGAGAAUUGGUGAGCUGGAUCGUCUGAUUGAACGCAUGGAAGAGGAACGUCACCAGCUGCAAAAACAACUGGAACUAAAUGAAAGGCAAAUAUCUGGAGCAAAAUCUGAAAACUCUGACAGUGAGAGGUCACAGCAUUUGGAGGAGGUAGCAGCAAGCCUAAGGGAGCGAAUCAAACAUCUGGAUGAUAUGGUCCACUGCCAACAGAAGAAAGUCAAGCACAUGGUUGAGGAGAUUGAAAUGCUAAGGAAGAAAGUCAAAGAGAAGGAAUUAUUUAUCAUACAGCUUUUAGAAAAAAUUUCUUUCUUAGAAUGUGAGAAUAAAGAAUUACAAGAUAAAUUGGACUAUUUAAUGGAAAAUCAACCAAAGACCAAUGUAGAAACCAGGGAUGCUGGUGUAGGCUGUGAUCUUCCAUCCAGCACAAGUAUUGAGAACAGAAGAUCUCCUGAAAGUGCAAGGCCAGUGAGGACAUACACCCCAUUCAAGAGAGUGUUGGAAUUUAGCACAAAGAACAGUACAUCUUGAGCAUUCAGGUCAACGUGCUUUCUAAAUACAAGCAAAUAUUUUGCGCCUUUGCAGCUUGAUUAGAUACAUUUUUAUCAAGCCAUAGAGAAGAACAGCAGCAUGGAGUCUUGCUAAAUUUAUCCUGAAAGCAGCUUUUUAGUAGCUUCAUAUCUGAAGUUACUACAGACAUUAACUGUGAGGGAGAUAGGCAAGAAGUGGGAUAAAUGAAACAGCUGUCAUUAUUGCUUCUUUAGAAGCUGUCUAGUGCAAUGUGUCAUUUCAAAUAACUGUAAGGAAGGAGUUGUAUAGCUGUACAGAUUUUCUUCAAAUGUGUUCUAUUUGUACAAUGAACCUCUAAUAUAUUUUAUUUUCAAUACUGCCAGGGGAAGAAUCUGAAACUACCCUGCAGAGGGCAUUAAUCUGAAAGCUCCCCCUUUGUGUACAAAGUGUGAGGGCUGUUCAUAUCUAUCACAGAGACCUGCAGAGAUUGAGGGCUCCAUUCCCCUGGAAUAGAUUCACUAGUAACCAGCACUCUUUUGAUGGAAGGGAGAGAUGCAUCUGGGCUAUUCUCAAAGAAUGCCCUCAACAUAUGCAAAUGAAACGUCAUGUUUGUUGCUCAAAACAGUAAGUGAUAGAGCAGCUUUAUGAUGGGUUUUUCUUUGUUAGAUGAGGCACUGGUUUGUACUUCCCAGUCAUGGGGUAGAGUGACCACUGGUUUUACAUUCAAUAGGAAUUGUGAAGGAUUUUUUUUUAUUAUUAUUAUCACUUUUGCAUUAGAGGAAGAAAUUCUCACUGAACAGCAUUUUGCCUACAGCAACUUGUAGCGGUUUCUGCAAUUCCUACAGCAAUAGCAAUUCUGAAUCGGGAUUUUGAUCUUAAGUAGUUUUUUUUCCCAAAACAUUUAAAAUCUUAUCCCUAUCUUCAAAAUACCAGCAGGAGUUACUGCAUCUACUACCGAACUUAUUUAAAUAUAUAUAGUGUAUUUUUUACAUUUUGUUUAGAUCUCCUACUUUUACUGAACUAAAACAAAUUUAUUAGUAUUUUCUUGUAGUGCUAUUAACAUGAAUGCAGGGCAGAUUAUUUUUUUUAUUACAGUAACUGCUAUAGAAAACAAACAACUUAUGUUCUGUAUGACUAAUACUGUUCUUGCACUGCAUAUCAACCCCAGAAGUAUUCACUUUGCCACAAGGCUUCACAUAGUGAUUGCUUUUGUCUCCAGUUUAAUACAAGUUCUUAAAUUCAGUAGUCUGUUCAAAUUAAAUGUACUCAGAGUUGUACUUAAAAUAAUAAAACUCACCUCAUAAUUCCAGUUUUACUCCUGCAUUAUUUCAUGGUUUUCUGGUUUUCUUAGAUAGUUUUGUUUAUUCUGUAACUGUGCUGCUUAACUAGUAAAUAAAGAAGCCUGGACUGGAGGAUAUUUUGAUGUAGUACAAGUACCUCACAGGAACGAGAAUUGUGUGAUGUAAUUAAAGCUCCCGCUUUUAUGCUUAGAUCAUCCUCUAUUUACAUGUAAGUUAUUUUUUUUUCUCUUAUGACCUGCUCAACUCUUGAGGACUUAGAAUGGUUGUUAUUGUUUAGAAAGUCAAACACAGUACUGUGGGUUGUAGUAUGCAUAGAAUUCAAGAGAAAUUGCAGUCAAAGUCAUUGACAAAAAGGUAAAAUAUCUACUGUGUGAAGUAAGCCUGUAAUCUUUAUUGGGAUAGAAGUCACAAACAUUAACAGCUCAGCAUUUCUUUUAAAAAGAAAAAUGCAAAAUUACACCAAGUUAAUAGCUCUAAAAGGAAACUCAUUUACUUUGCAUGUGAUAAAUGAGUGAGAAUGAUCUCAUAGGUAUCAAGGUCAAAGAAAACCCCAGCUGUUGCAUUAGUGAACAGGAAUAAUAACACACAUUUGAUUAAAUUGCUCACCUCUUCUAGGCGUAAAAUUUUUAUUUUUAUUGAGCUAGGAAGGGCUUGUAGAGAAGGUCCCUGAGAAUUAAGUCAGAUGCUCCCUAUCAAAAGUCCUUCAGAGGAAGCACCCUCAUUAUGCAAAGCAGAGGAGUUGUCUUGCACCGCAAUACCAAUGACAAGAAAACAGCUGUAGUCUCAACCUGCAUUUUUGAUUGAAAGAAGUUUUGGUGCUUGAGUGGGUUUGAACAAAGUUCCCAAGUAACAGUUAAGUUGAUCAAUAACUGAGUUAGGUUAUGAACAGCUAGGAUCUUGAAGUGAAACUCUAAAUGAGAAUAUAUUUAAGUUGAAAAUCUAUGUUGAUGAAUCCAAAAGAUGAUGGUUUAUGACCCAGCCCAAAUUUCAGACCCAGGCUUUGUACAUGUGUAAUCGGAUCUCCCUCUAGUGGCUGAUAAGACCAAAAAUAUUUGCUGAUAUUUGGACAAAAUCCAUUUUGAAGAGAAAUACUAGAGACUAAUCCUAUCUGUUCAUAUUAAUAUCCAUAAGGGAUGCAAUGUCAGUUCAUUGCAUAAUGCCUGUUACCAUUUUAUGUGCCCAAACAGUCAGAUUGUAUUUCAGAGUUUUAAUUCUGAACCAUGGUUGGUGAGUUACCAUCAAAACAGGAUGAAUAGAUGAAGGCUUUAUUUAUACAUUAAUGGAAGUGCAGGUUGUUGUAAAAGAAAGACAUGGACUGGAAAUUUUAAGUAAAAAUACUUUUAUAGCUCUGUCUGGUUUUGGCCAGAAUUCAGAAAACAGAACCUGGUAACUGAGGAGCUCAGCGAACGGUAGUAGAGAGAAGGAUGAAUCAAAAUGCUGUUCUAAUAUAGUCUUCAGAAGGAAGUUCUCUCUGCUUUUAAUACAUUUCUGAGUAUAUCUCUGAAAAUAUUGCAAGAUAUUUCAACUUUGAGACUUGCAAAAUUAUAAUCAUCUGCUCAAAAUUUUACCAAGACUGCAGUAAUCUUUCCUGCAAAAGUGUUCUGUGUAAACUCUGUCUUUGUUAUUUGAUGAAAAAUGACAUUUUUUUCCAAAUCUAAUAAGGAUUGAAGUUUAUGCUGUAUUUUAGAGCAUUUUGAUAUUUAGUGAGCUGGAUGACCAUUAUUUGAUUGGACUAUUGGUCUAAUUUUGGCAACUGUGAAGAGAAGGAGAGGAUCAGUAUUUAUAUAAUUGCGUUACAUGAAAAUAUAGAGCUUUACAGUCAAAUCAGCAGCCAUGUAAAUUAGCAGAAAUAAUAACAAAUCUGACUGAAAAGACUGUAAUGUAUCAGUACAUUUUUUUUUUCAGUUUGAGAUUGGAUUACUUAGUACUAUAAGACUAGAAACUAGUAAAAUUUCUGUAAACAUCAAUAAAAGCCAUAUAGUUAAGUACCAGAAAGUGCAUUAAAUGUAAGUCAAUUGUAUGACUUCAUUUGUACCAUGGUAAGUAUUCUUCUGUGAUUCCAGAUCUUCUGGAAAGUAUUUUGGGAUACAGUUUUCAUAUAUGCUGUAUAAAUAAUGCAAUUAAAUUGUAUGCUUUUAAAACAUCCUGUAUGUAAGACCUGAAAAGGUUAAAUUGCAAUAAAUACUGUAUUUAAACUUUUUGUUCUGUUGUCUAAACACUGAGAAAUAAACUUACCUUGCAAACU